AUGAAGCUUGAGGGGCACGGCGUGCUCUGCGGGGACUUCACGGCAACAGUCAUCUCGCAGAGCGAAGUAUCAGAAUGCACGACGCAUGCUAGCGGGAAGCAAACCUGCGGUGAGGAGCGGGAGGUCACCGGGCUGCGGCUGCGCUUAACGUCAGCGAGUGCUGGGGCUCUGCUCCAGCCGCAGCGCAGCGUGGGAGACAACGUGCUCUCGACUUCUUCGCGUGUGGAAAGCAGAGAGAAAGGAGGUAUGGCAGGUUUUACUUCUGAGUAUUUUGAGAUUUCUGUUAGGUGGCUGGACGCUGUGGGCAGUGCCGGACCCCUCUCGCAGGCGGUGGCGGAGCGGCAGCCUCCCCCGGGGGGGUCUGAAUCCUCGAGGUGCUUUCCUCGGCCACCCAGACCCCGACGCCUCCCGCCGGAUGGUAACGCCGCCGACGCCGCUGGCAUCCCCGGGGAUUCCCAGGUUGCAGAGCCGCGGGGACCGCUGUGCCGGGGGCAGGACGUGCCGAUGGGACCGCGGCGCGGGAACACCCGCGUGGGGACCGGCGCUCGCCCGCGGUCACCGCUCCGUUGCCAUCGCUGGAGGUCAAGAGGUAGAAGGCGGCCAAACGCAAGGAAACCGAAAAAAGACUUUGUGUCAUGUUGUGAAUGCAACGUGUUCGACAGCAUACCUGCCGGGGAAAAUAUCUUCUGUGAUGGUGGGCGGUGGAGCUGGGAAGGGGACAGGGCAGACCCUGCCAGAGCUGCUGCCGGACGGGCUCAACGGGGUCAGACGACUCGAAGCAGACCACGCUCUUCACACCAAGGAGCAGCCAUAGGCUCCAGAGCUGCUGCUGGGACCCAGUGGGGACCACCGAUGGGUCUGGUCCGGAGCGGUGUCCGGGGGACUUCGGCUGGAAGAGCCGCGUGGGGAGCCUGCGGUGGCCGGGCGGCUGUGGAGCCCUUUCCCGGGGCCGCCCGCGGCGCGGCUGGAAAUCGGCUCGGAGCGCCGCAUCCAUCACGCCCAAAUUGUUCAGCAACCUCCAGGACAGCGUGAGCAGCAAGCAGCAUCUGUUCCUCCCCGCCAGAGCCGCGAUGAUGGACUGCCAAGGACGGAGCUCCCUCCUCCUAACUUCUCGCUGUCUGGAAGCCAAGGUGAGAUUGAGUCGAUGUAAAACGUGGCCACGGUGCCCGCAGCUGGCGGGGCUGCCUGCGCGGGGAAGGGAGCGGGGCGGUGGGUGCAGACCCUGCUUCGCCCCAAAGAGAGCUCGGUGCAACGCCUGCCGAAACUUGUGAGGGCUCUCCCGACUGGUUCGGUAGGGACUGGGUGAAGCGCAGGGUUUUGCCAGGUGCCGUUCCAGAUUUAAGUGGGGAAAAACGUGAGUUCCCACCCGAAGCUGCACAGGACAGGACACGUCCUUGCCCUCGGCACCCCUGCCCAUGGCAAAGAGAGGACAGCGGCCCUCGCUCCCCAUCGGGAAGCCCCCCGCGCUGGAGAGGGCUGAGCAGAGGAGCGGGAGGCAGCACGUCCUGAAAUAAGGCGUAAUGCCGCUUUCAUAAAGGGAUGCGGAAUUAGAUAAUCUAGGAGUCUCUUACAUGAUUUAGUGGAAGUUAAAAUACCAUAUGCGUUAGGGCUUGCAGGAUACUGUGUUAUUUUUAACAUCCACACAUUUGUAGGAAUUGUAACUAAAUAUGUUUUCCAACAGGAAUAAAAGUACAGGCUUAGGUAUUUUA